UGAAUAAGUAACAGAGCCAGAACUUAGACCCAGGCUUCAGAUUCACUCUUGACCACUGUGCUAGUUUGCCUCUGAUGGGGUGAGGAGGUCGCAGUUAGCUGCUCUGGGUUAUUAAGUCCUCAAACAGACCAUGGCCCUGAAAGCAUGUGGCUUGAUCAUCUUCCGAAGACGCCCCAUUCCCAAGGUGGACAGCACGGCGAUUGAGUUUCUCUUGCUGCAGGCAUCAGAUGGCAUUCAUCACUGGACUCCUCCUAAAGGCCAUGUGGAACCAGGAGAAAAUGAAUUGGAAACAGCCCUGCGGGAGACUCAAGAGGAAGCAGGCCUAAAAGCAAGCCAGCUGACCAUCAUUGAGGGGUUCAGAAGGGAGCUCAAUUAUGUGGCCAGGAAGAAACCCAAAACAGUCAUCUACUGGCUGGCAGAGGUGAAGGACCGCGAUGUGGAGAUCUGCCUCUCCCACGAGCACCAAGCUUACCGCUGGCUGGGGCUGGAUGAGGCCUGCCAGUUGGCUCAAUUCGAGGAAAUGAAGGCAGCACUCCAAGAAGGACACCAGUUUCUCUGCUCCACGGUGGCCCAAGCUAACUGAGUCAUUCGCCUCAGGAUCUUUGAGGGCUUUCUGAGAUGAACCCACCUUCAGCUCAGAGGAAGGUUGUGCUGGUCUUCGGCUCAUCAUAGCAAAGAGCAGACAAGUCAGUAAAAGCAGCUGAGGACUCUCAGAGGAGAGCAAGCAAAAAUCUUACCUGGGUGGGAAGGCAGGCAAAGCAGGAUUUUUUUU